AUGACGCAAAAUAAUACCCACCCGCCUCACGAUCGGGUGACGAGUAAGUUCUUCGGUAAGAAGAAUAAAAAGAGUAAGAAAUAUUAUAAGACGAGAGCUGGAACUUACGCGGGAAGAGAACGCGCGAAUACGGCUAUGGACAAUGAUGUCACACCAGUCUACCUAGCGGCACAGGAGGGUCACUUAGCUGUACUCAAAUACCUGGUCCUCGAGGCCGGGGGAAGGUUGGACGCCCGAGCUCGGGAUGGCAUGCUGCCCAUACAUGCGGCGGCGCAGACCGGCUGCUUGGACUGCGUCAAAUGGAUGAUCGUGGAGCGCGGCGUCGACCCCAACGCGAGAGACGGCGACGGGGCCACGCCGCUGCACUUUGCUGCUUCCCGAGGCCACUUGACGACGGUUCGCUGGCUGCUGCGCCACGGGGCGAGGCUCCACUUGGACAGACACGGGAAGAGCCCUAUCAACGAUGCUGCCGAGAAUCAUCAUUUGGAGUGUUUAAACGUUUUGGUUGCGGCCGGUGCCGCCGGCGACAACAAGCAACUCUCAUCGUACAAGGCUGUCCACUCUUGCGCCUGCACCCCUGGAGAAACGAGAUGCGCUCUGUCAAAUUGUGUAAACGCAAACGACCGGUCCCCAUUUUAUCUACAUGGACCGGAGCAAAGGUGUUCGUCCACCCGGGAGCGCCGAGGGUCCGUCUCGUCCACCGUCGGGUCAAUAAGCUCGGCCAGAUCUGGCCCGGCCGACGGAUUAUAUGUCAACCCCAUGCAGAGAACGACUGCGGUCACGCAGAACAGUUCGUCGGGGGAAGAGAGUUCGGCAUGUUCAGCAUCGGAGCCCGACACGACUAACUCGGGAGGCUGGUUCCUUCACGGAUCCAACAAUACUUCAGGGGCUCCGGCAGCCUUGUAUCAAAGGGUGAGGGACCUUUUCCAGACGCGUUCACCGGGUCCGAGGGUGCCCGCUGAAGGCCAAGAGGCGCCCACCAUGACAGUAAAAGCAGAAAUUCAUGGCAUCAAAGAGGCGACGACAGCGCCAGAGCAUUCGGACAGCGACAGUGGAGCAGAAGCGACGAGGCGUGAUCACCACUACGAAGAUAUAUAUCUGGCGAGGGAGGAACACCAGAGGAGAAGGAGCAGCUCUCGCGACUCGGGCAGCCACAGCAGGCCAGGGAGUGCGGCGCUGGUGGUGGACUACGAGGACAAGGAUACUGCCAACGAAUCAUCAAACAAAAAUUAUGAAGAAGUAUCUCCACCACCUUCGGAGACUCAAACCAAGUCAACCAUCGCCACUAAAUUGGCAGCCCUCACGCAUAAAGCACACAAUUUUGUAAGUAUUUAA